AAGCGCCACCAGCCCAAUCAAAAUAUACAAUAGUUUGUGUAGAACUUGUUUUUAUAAGUUAAUAGAAAACAAAUGAAAUCGCUUCAAGUAUUACUGAUUUUGGGGUAUCACUUCAGAACAAUCAUCUGAUGAUGGCAAGUAAACGUGACAUCAAAACGGUUCUCGAGGAAAUCAAGCACCGUGAGCGUAUGAACAAGAGGAGCAAGGAGUCGUUUGAUAAAAACUUAUUGACUCCGGACACGGAUUGCGGUUUGGUGAUCGACGAGGAAUACGAUGAUAACAUAGCUGUAAGCUACACUUUAUCCAGAAGCACGAAGAAGAAAAAGAAAGAGUUGCAGAACAUUAAGUUCAUUGAUGAACCAGUGGAUCUAACCUGUGAAUGGUUGUCUUGUAAAGAGAAUUUUAAGUCUGAGAAGAAAUUCACUGAACAUUUGCUAGAACAUUCAUUGGAGGCUGAAAUAGAUGAGGAAAAAGGUUUAUAUCUAUGUUGCUUUGGCGAUUGCCAAUGUGAAAAUAACAAUUUGCAAUCUCUUGUUAAGCAUGUUUCUUUUCAUGCGUAUCAUGAGAGGCUCAAAAACAUUGGGAAGAAUGUUGCAGAUAGAUGUAAUUUCACCAAGUGCACUUCUGAUAAGAUGUAUGAAGUGCCAGCAAUAUAUGCAGAUUACAUGUGCGAGUGGCACAGUUGCAAUACAUUGCAUGGGACUGUUAAUGAAUACUUGUUGCAUAUUAAAUUGCACUUAAAUGAACUCCCGAAAGUGAGUGCAAAGGGGAGUUACUUGUAUUGUGGUUUUAAAGGCUGCAAGGCUAAAUUCAGUAGCCAGAGUAAAUUGUCUGAUCAUGUUCGAUCCCAUACCAAAGAGAAAGUCGUUGCAUGUCACUAUUGUGGAAACAUGUUUGCUUCGAAAACAAAAUUGAAUGAUCACACUAAAAGGCAGAUACCUGCAGAGAUGCUAACAUAUCAAUGUUCAACCUGUUGUAAAUUAUUUUCUACUGAGAGAUUGUUGAGAGAUCAUAUGAGAGGUCACAUAAACAAUUACAAAUGCAGCAUGUGUGAUAUGACUUGUUCGAAGCCUUCAAUGUUAGCCAUCCAUAUACGAUUUAGGCAUGUGAACGAACGUCCCUUUAAAUGCCAUCUGUGUGCUUUUGCGACUGUAACGAAAAUGAACCUCGAGGAUCAUUUGACCACGCAUUGUCCGGACAAGUUGAUGGCUUGUGAAGAGUGCGAUUUCAGUUGUCGAUCUUUUUACGGCUUGGAGAAGCAUUACAUAAAAAAGCACGGAACUGGUGAUUUGUCGCAGUAUGAAUGUCACUUGUGCCAGAAGACCUUUUCUAGGGGAGGAAUCUUAACGAAGCACUUGACCAGGACGCACGAUUAUACUUGGCCGGCCGGACAUUCUAGAUUCAAGUAUCGAGAAGAAGCCGAUGGGAAGUUCCGAUUGCAAACUGUGCGUUACGAGAGUUUGGAAGCCACGCAAGACAUGAUGGCAAAGAAACAACCUCUAAUUAAUGAUAAUAUCAAAUACGAUUUGGAAAAAGUUGUGAAUAAAGACGAUGGGGAUGAUACGCCGAAAUACGUUUUAACUGUUUCGACAAAGAAAGCUGCACCGUUGAAUACAGAUGCUAACAUUGAUGAACCUGAGGAUGUGAGCAACGAUGAGAUUGAAUCGAACAUUAUAAUUACAAUAGACGAUGUGGACUUCAAAGGCAACGUCAUUAAAUCCGAGACUAUAGAACAAUCGAAAGAGAUUAGCAAAAGCAAAACGUGAUUUACAUUGAUUCUAGUACUUAAAACUUUUUAAAAGUAAUUGCAAUUUCAUAAACGUACUUUAGAAUUUUUUUUUACCUCAAUGUAGAUUGUUUUAGUUUAAGUUACGCUUUCGUGUCUUUAUUUAAUUAUAAUAAAAUUGAUUCGA